AUGGUGUGGUGGCAGGAAAUGAUCACACAGCCCAUCCUCGCGUUGAGUGCGGCUGGGGUGCUAUAUGCAGGAUGGUUGGCGAUAUCUCGAUUAUGGCUCUCCCCUCUCGCUCGGUUCCCCGGCCCGAAGCUGGCUGCGCUGACGAUGUGGUAUGAGUUCUAUUUUGAUUCACUCCUAGGCGGCCAGUACACCUUCCAGAUUGCCGAGAUGCAUCGCAAGUAUGGCCCAAUUGUGAGAAUCAGCCCAUUCGAACUGCACAUCGACGACCCGGAGUAUUACGAUAUCUUGUAUUCGCGUGACAAGCCACGGAACAAAUCCCUCCACCUGACGGGGAUGUUUGGUGCACCCGCCUCGGCAUUCGGAUCAGUCGAUCACCGUCGCCAUCGCAUCCGCCGGCAACCCAUGAACCCGUUCUUUUCUCAACAGCGUAUUCGAACCUUAGAGCCCAUGCUCCGGACGAUGGUGGACAAGUUAUGCACAGGGCUCCGAGCGUGGAAAGAAAGAAAUGUCCCGCUUCAUCUGUAUCAUGCGUUCAAUGCCUACACAACGGAUGUGGUAGUGGAGUACUCGAUGGGCGAAUCAUUCCACUACCUAGAUGAUCCAGACUUUACCCCACAAUGGUCGAAAACCAUCGAAGCCAUCGUGGAAGUCGGAGUACAGUUCAAACAGUUUCAAUGGGUCAUUGGUCUGUUCGAGUUGCUUCCCCGCUGGGUCGUAGUAUUAAUCAACCCGGAUAUUGGCCCUGUGAUUGACCAGAAGGUCGAGAGUUUGCGGUUGGCCAAUCUGAUUAUAGACAGCCAGACGAAUGGAGGGAACCUCACGGACCAGAAAUCAACCGUGCCAAAGGGCACUUUGUUCCACGCAUUGCUCAACAGCAAGCUUCCUGCGGAGGAAAAGGCACCUGACCGCUUAAGUCAAGAAGUAUUCACGGUAAUUUCGGCCGGAGGAGAAACAACAGCAAAAAAUUUGUCCACACUGAGUUUCCAUCUUUUGAACAACCCGGAUAAGCUGCAGAGGUUACGGGAGGAGCUAGAUCGACUUGAUCCCGAUGGAACGGCAUCUCUGGUUGAAUAUGAGACGAUGCCUUAUUUGACAUCUGUCAUGCUCGAGGGCCUUAGACUUACCAAUGCUGUUGCGACCAGGCUUCAGCGUAGCUCCCCAGAUCAAGUCAUGAUGUACAAAGACUGGGCUAUACCUCCCGGUACACCCGUCGGCAUGACAAGUAUGUUCUUGCAUCAUAAUGAGGACAUAUUUCCCAAUGCGCAAAGCUUCAUCCCAGAGCGAUGGAUGGACCCAGAGCAACGAAAAGCGCUCGAGAAAUAUCUCGUGCCCUUUAGCAAAGGAUCAAGACAGUGUGUUGGGAUACCCCUUGCGCGGGCGGAGAUCCUGUUGGCGAUUGCCACGAUCUUCCGAGAGUUUGAGAUGGAGCUCUACGAGACUACCAUCGAUGAUGUGCGGAUAGUGCGAGAUAUGUUCAAUGGUCACCCACGGAAGGGAAGCCAAGGUGUUCGUGUCAUGAUCAAGGGCUGGAAUGGAAAUUCCGGGGUAGGUGGGACGCUUUGA